CACAGUUUGUGAUGCAACACUUGUGGAGAGAGUUUGAAUCAUCUCUAGAUUUGAGAGUAUUAACUUUGCACUUCUUCCGAUAUAUGAUAAGAGUCAAACUCUCCCCAUUUGAGGUGAUGACAACGUCUGUUCUGACUCAGGGGCCUGACUCGUCUGUACCUGAGGGGGCACACACACCAUCCAGUACUGGGGAAAGUUCCAGCCACUUUAGAUUAACAGACUCUCAUCCAUCAUCACCAGGGGCUGCGUGUGAUUGUCAACAAACCCAAAUGUCUUCUCCUGAGAGACAAGGAGGACAAGGAGUCCUGCAGCAGAUGAUCUGGUUCCCACAUAGUCUGGAUCUUAAUGCUGUGGAUUCAGUCUGAGAAGACAAGAGACACUGAGACACAAUAAACCCACAGAGGAACUGUGGCAAGUUAAUUGAUAAAUAUAAAUGUUCUUGACAUUAUUUCUUACAACCACUUUGCUUUUAGUGUCUAAAACGUGUUCCCAGUACUGUUCCUUCCUAUCGUGGCAUUCAAAGAGAAUAAUGAAUAUUUAUUUAUAAUAUUUAUUCCUUCAUGCAGUAAAAUAUAUGUCAUAAUACACGUGCAUUAAUAAUAUUAAUGGGAUUGGCAAAUUCGCGAAUCUAAUCUUUUUUGUCUUUGCUGAGCUUCCGUAGAGUUCAGGUCACGUGGUUUUGUUUACCAUCAGGAGGCGCGUGUGUGUAUAGAGUCAGUACUUGUACACCUGUUUCUCUAUAAAUACGUGUAUAGACUUACUUUUACUAUAUACGUGUACUUGUAUAGGUUUAUUGUAUCGUGAUGCUAACGUCAUGCUAACGUUUAGUUGAUCUUUCCCGGGGAGCGACCAGUAGCUAAGCUAGCUGUCAGCGCCCGAGCUAGCUCUCUGUGCUAAUGUGAGAAGUUAGCUUGAUGUCUAAUGUGUUUUUAUUAAUAAACAUCUCGUGUUCGCGAUGAGAUCUUUGAACUACGUGCAGAGGGUCAGUCUGGACUUCACCGGGACCCUGUUCCCUCACGCCAUCUGUCUGGGGGACGCGGACAACGACUCGCUGAACGAGCUGGUUGUGGGAGACACCAGUGGGAAGCUGCUUGUGUAUAAGAACGAUGACCCUAAACCCUGGGUCACACGCUCCUGUGUGGGGAUGCUGACAUGUGUUGCGGUUGGAGACGUCUGCAACAAAGGGAAAAACCUGGUGGUGGCUGUGGGCGCCGAGGGCUGGUUCCACCUCUUCGACCUGACCGCCGCCGCUGCGAACAAAUCCGAUUCCUCCAGCCAGCACGAGUCGCUGUGCUCCGACGACCAGCGGCCCUUCUUCACCCAGCACAUUCCUGCCAACACCAAAGUCAUCCUCAUCAGGGAUAUCGAUGGGGACGGACGCUAUGAGCUGGUGGUGGGCUACACAGACCGGGUGGUGCGAGCUUUCCGCUGGGAGGAGCCAUCCGACGGUUCGGACCUGGGAACGGGUCAGCUGGUUCUGCUGAAGAAAUGGCUUCUGGAGGGGCAGGUGGACAGUCUGUCCGUGAAUCCAGGUCCGGAGGGUUUACCAGAGCUGAUGGUGUCUCAGCCCGGCUGCGGCUACGCCAUCCUGCUGUGCUCCUGGACACAACAAGACUCCUCCGGCUCUGGAGAUGACGCUUCUGCCACCCCUGGGAGUGAGGGGCCUUCCAGAGACAUAGUUCUACAUCUGACCACCGGGCGGAUUCACAACAAGAACGUUUCCACUCAUCUCAUCGGCAGCAUAAGCAAAGGUUCUAAAGAGGAAUCUUCUAAAUGUGGACUCUUCGCUCUCUGUACUUUAGAUGGAACCCUGAAGCUGAUGGACAGCUCGGAGCAGCUGCUGUGGUCGGUGCAGGUGGAUCAUCAGCUCUUCGCUCUGCAGAAGCUCGACGUCACUGGUGACGGCAGAGAGGAGGUGGUGGCGUGCGCCUGGGACGGUCAAACCUACAUCAUCGACCACAAUCGCUCUGUCGUCCGGUUCCAGUUCGAUGAGAAUGUCAACGCCUUCUGUGCUGGUCAGUACACGUGUAAGGAAGGUAAAAACAGCCCCUGCCUCGUGUACGUGAGCUUCAGUAACAAGAUCUACAUCUACUGGAAGGUGGAGCUGGAGCGUAUGGAGUCCACUAACCUGCUGCGCGUGCUGGAGGAGAAACCUGAGUUCAAACAGCACAUGAAGGCGCUGGGAGUCGAUGCUGAGGACCCGGCAGCGGUGAGAGCACUGGUGGCCGAUGUUCUCUAUAAGGACUCACCGACGUAGCACAGUGGCACAUCGGCACAUCGGCACAUCCUCUGUCCUCCUCCCUCACUGUAAAUACUCUCUGAAUAAACCCUCUGUCUCCA